UUUAUUGGACAAAACUAAAACUACAUCUGUUCUAUCUGUUCAAAAUUUGUCAACCUAGGAGAUAAGUUUGAAAAAUUGCUCGUUCGAAAGUAUUUGGAAACAUGCAAAAGACCUGGAGAACGCCGCUGCACAAGCGUAAAAUAUGGAAGAAGACCUCGAUACUGGGUCGCUUGGUGUACUAUAUGCAGCCUUUGGUGGAUCAUCUGCAGGAUUUCUGGCUGCAGCCUUGGUUGGUUCCCUUCCCCACAAUGCUGAAGGUCGUAUAUACCUGCGUCCUCGUUUUCGUCAUUCUUCUGCCGAUCCUUUUUCCACUAUUUGUCGUGCUCGUCUACUAUGGCAUCUUCCAGUACGUGAGCGAGCAGCACUCUUGGUUCCACUUUGGUGAGAACUGGGAUCUCCUCGGUUCUUUGGUAUAUCUUUGGAAUUUUGAAGUGACCAACAACAAGUAUAAGCUCUACGUGAACAUGUGCUUUGAUCGGUAUCGCGUGAUCAUAACAGCAAUAUCUGCGACAGUGGACUAUACGCGCAUGGCCCUGAAUUUCCUCUGUGAAUGAAUGAAUGCCGAUCUCUCCAAAUUGUGAUGUGACAAAAUUUUAAUAAAUGCAAAUGUAUAAACAACAAA